GGCGGGGCGCAGGGAGGGCAAGAUGGCGGCGGGGGGCGCGGCGGACGCCCAGGCGCGCUUCGGGCACUCGGGGAAGGGGCUGCUGACCGAGAAGGUGACGAGCUGCGGCACCGACGUGAUCGCCCUCACCAAGCAGGUGCUGAAGGGCUCCCGCAGCGCUGAGCUCCUAGGUCAAGCUGCUAGAAACAUGGUGAUGCAAGAAGAUGCCAUCCUGCACUCGGAAGAUAGUUUAAGGAAAAUGGCCAUAAUAACCACUCAUCUGCAGUACCAGCAAGAAGCAAUUCAGAAGAACGUCGAGCAGUCAUCAAACCUACAGGACCAGCUGAGUCACUUGCUGAAAUGAAGCAUAGCUGAAGGCACAAGGACAUCUUGACUGGUGCUGAGGGCAGCGAAGCGACCUAUCCCCUCCAGACCCUGGGGUUCAGACCUGUGUCUGGAUGAUGCUGGAUGUCAGCUGGGAUAUGUGCAGAGUCUGUGUUUCUGGGCACGUGGGCUCCUCCCAUGUGCCUCCAUCCACAUCUCUGCUCCAGAACUCACCUAACUGAAACAAACUUACCUGAAACUUUACUCCCCCCGGCAAUUCCUGUGUCCGUGUACUUCCCGUGUAGAAUGAGGUGCUCAGACCACACCAGCACCCCUGGCAAGAAAUGCGUAAAAUUGAAGUGUGGGUUUUAAAUACAGGUGGCUGCAGUUUGACGCUGGUCUGUAUUUAGACCCAGAGAUGGCACAGAGUGCAGUUUAUUUAGGGCAUGUUAAUCAGUGGGAGCUGUAAGUG